AUGGUUGGCUGUGAAAAGCAUGAUUACGGGAACGUGUGCAACGCGUGGCCGGCGGGAAAAAUGACACUCACCCCACACAUCUGGGCCAACCUCCCACUCGAACUCAUCCGCGAAAUCCUCCUCCACAUCGCCUCUUCCCUUCCCCAUCAAGCCCAUUCCCUCCGACUAAUCUCCUCAGACGUCAACAUCCUCCUCCUCCGCUUCCUCUUCCGCCACCUCUCCUUCACGCUCCCAGAACACAUCUUCCGCUUCACCACCAUCGUCCUCCCAAAGCGCCGUCACUACAUCCCAGCCCUAAAAUCUAAACUACACACAUCCCCAAGACCACUCUCAUCAUACAACGUCGAUUCCCUCGUCUUGGUCGUAGACGACCGACGUCCAUCCAUGGAAACGGCGCUAGCCAGCGUCGGGCCUGUAUUUGGCGGAUUAACAAAGUUGGCGAUAACGGGGCAGAGUUUAUCUGCAAACGCGUAUUGGUUACGCCAGCACCCCAUUUACCCAAGGUUCAUGAUGAUAGUGCAUCAUGGAUCGCCACACCUUGUUAAUUUUCAUGAACCGGUUUUGAAGGGCGUCACGCACCUUUAUACCUCCAUCACGCAUGGCCAUCGCUUUUCGAGCGUUGCGGACGUUCCGGGGCUUACGCACCUUGCCGUUCACGCCCGCGUGGGGUUGUCGGCGGAUACGGCGGCAAAGGUUGCGUAUUCCCUACAAACGAUCUUGAAUACCUGUCCAAAGCUGGAAUGUCUCGUUCUCAGUCUAAACGCAGAUUCUCUGCGUGAUCCACAUCUAGAAAUGUGGGACUACGUCCUGGAAAAAUGUCUCGCGGACACGAGGUUCAUCCUCCUGCCGUACUACCGACUCCCGCGUGUUGAAUGGGGUGAUAUUGUUAAGGGUGAGGGGAGUAUUUGGGCAAGGGCGAAGGAGUGGGUUAAGAUGGAGAGGGAGGAGGUUAGGGAGAUGACGAUGGUUGCUGUUGAGCGGGAGAAGAGUUUGGUUCCGUGUUUGAAGCACCCUAAAGAGGGCGAGUGGGAGAUUGAUUUGGUGCAGAGGGAUGAUUAUUGGCCCAGGGAUGAGAACCCGGAUGCGGUGGGGGAGAUGGAGUGGUUGGCUAGGGCGAGAUCGUUCAUUGAGGGACCAAGUUUCAAGUCCACCUAUGCUUCAUGGGACACAACUUCUUCGUCUGCACUAUGCACACCUCUCUGCUCUCGGAUACGCUUCGUCCAGUCCGGACUUCUUACACCCUCCUGGUUAUUUUCCUUUGAAAAUGUCUUCCUGGCGACGUCGAAAUCUACACGACUCGUGGCAGGUGUAGCAAUGUCGGUCCUCAACUUUGAUCGACUCUCCACCCCUUCAACCCCUUCUUCUUCGCACACAGAUCCUGCGCGCUCCGCCAUGACAGUGGAAACUCCAAUUUCUGAUCGACUCUUUUCUACUUCCAAUCUCCCAGGUCGUCUUGGCCAGGCUGGAGCAGCAACCGUCGUUGUCAUGCGCACAUCGAGCUUUAGCUUCAGAGAUGGAGUGGGAGGGAAUGAGCUGGCGUUGGAGGCGGCCCCACCAACCGCCGCUCUCCCACCCCCCAAACCCAAUGGAUUUGACGCAGCCGCCCACAUUCUCUCCCUUGCCUUCGACGCCAAAGCCUUAGCGAAAGCAGGCUGGACUCCAGACGCGCAUUUACCUAUCCUCCCUGAAGAGAAGGUGUUCGUCACAAGAUUUUGUGAUGUUGAAGACGCACAUCAAUGUUAUCUAUUUACUUCCAUCCACAACGUCGUCAAAGCACACAACGACGAACUUGCGCUCUAUUUCAACGACCACUUAACGCCAACUAGCUCAACAUUCGACAUGGACACGGGAAUGCGCCCAGCAACAACCAGGUUCGGAAGUUUCACGCAAUAUUUUGUGCUACUGCCUACUACACACCGAAACGACACGCGAGAACACGAGCUGGCAAGGCAACGGCGGCCUUUCGCAUUUACGAGCUGGGAUAGGGUCGUGAGCGGUGGGAUAAGGUCAUUAAAAUUUCUCGCAAUUACCUACCUCACAUUGGACGUCAUGCACAACACUCACCGCCGUGGUCGUUCUAAAGCACUCGGCACCUCUCCUGAUUUGAUUCCUCUGUCUCGAAACACCUCCAAAAGCGAGAUGGAACACCUACGUGAAGAUUCAUACGCGACGACGAUAAGUCAAGUCAACGGCACGAGGGACAUCAAAAGAAUGACUUAA